AUGUCAUCGUUAAAGCGCCCACAGGGACCCUCAGAGCCAGGGGAAUGGGAUGAAGGAGAGGAUAACAGGUCAAGGUCAUCGUCCAGUGCGCGUCAUUUGCGCAAACGUAUUCGCACGUCCAAGUCUCCAGCCUCAUACGAAGGAACCGGAUUGAGUGACAGUGAAAAUGAAGAAAGAAUUCAGCGGUCUAUCACCCAGGCUUUAGAAUACGACGAGGACGAGCUUGAGUUACGUGCAACGCAACUCAUCCAGGAGAAGUACUCUUUCGCUAGUGACGAACCCAAUGUUCCUGCUGAACAUGGAAUUCUUGAACGUGUUGAAUGCUACAACUUCAUGUGUCAUGACCACUUUUAUAUCGAACUGGGGCCAUUAAUUAACUUCAUAGUUGGGAAGAAUGGCAGCGGCAAGAGCGCAGUUCUGACAGCUAUAACCCUUUGUCUGGGUGGCAAAGCAUCUGCUACAAAUCGCGGUCAGAGUCUUAGGAGUUUUAUCAAAGAAGGCAAAGAGAGUGCCACUAUCGUUGUGCGCAUCAAAAAUCAAGGAGACGGUGCCUAUAUGCCGGAUGACUAUGGAAAAUCCAUUGUUAUUGAACGUCAUUUCACAAAAACUGGAACAAGUGGCUUCAAAAUUAAGGCAGAGAAUGGGCGUAUAGUUUCUACCAAAAAAGCCGAACUAGACGCUAUCAUCGACUUUUUCACAUUACAAUUUGACAACCCGAUGAAUGUUCUCUCACAAGACAUGGCCCGCCAAUUCUUGAGCAGCUCAAGUCCUGCUGAGAAAUAUAAAUUCUUUGUGAAAGGUGUUCAGUUGGAGCAGCUUGAUCAGGACUAUCGACUAAUCGAAGAAUCUGCUGAUCAGAUUGAGGAGAAGCUCAGGGGGCGAGAGCAAGAUAUUAUGACCCUAAAAAAGCGCAAAGUUGCAGCAAACCAGAAAUUGGACAUAUCUGAUCAACACGAAUCCCUAAGGAACAGGGUCAGAACUGUUCGGAGCCAAAUGGCUUGGGCUCAGGUCGAGGAACAGGAAAGAAUGAGGAGCUCCUUAGAGAUUGAACUAGCUAAAGCCGAUGAGAGGAUUUCAAUCGCUGAAGCUGAGCUGGGCAGCUUUGACGCUGCUAUACGAGAAGCUGAGGAGGAAACUGAAGCCGCUGCUGAAUACGUUAGACAGAGUACUGCCAAACUCGAACACGCACAAAGUGAGAAGGUGGAGAUUAAAGCAAAGUGGGACGAACAAAUGACUGAACGUCAUGAUUUGCAGGCACAGCAACGUCAGAUACGAGAUUAUUUAAAAGCAGCAGAGGCUAGGAUAAACGAAACGCAGCAAAAAAUUGAAGAAGAAAACCAACGUCUGGCUGACCUUAGCGGAGGCAGUUAUACUAGGAAACAGGAACAACUCGAGCGAGCAAAAGCAGAAGCUGCACAUGCCAGUGCACAGUAUGAGGAACAUCAACGCAAUACAGAUCGCCUAUACCGAGAGUUGGAAGUGGCUGGGAAAGAAGUGGAUUCAUUGGCGGCGCCACUUGGCAGAACGAAGGCCGACGUUGAGCAAGCUGAGAAGCUUUUACGAAGUCUAAGCAAAGAAGGAGGACCCAAGAGCUCAGGUUUCCACGACAAAAUGCCGUCUCUUCUGAGGGCUGUUCAACAAGAACAGGGCUUCACCGAAAGGCCUGUCGGUCCCAUCGGUCGCCAUGUGACCCUGCUGAAGCCAGAAUGGUCAUCUAUUUUAGAAAACUCUUUCGGCACGACAUUAAACAGCUUCAUUGUAACAUCUAAAAGAGACAUGGACAUUCUUUCUCGUGUUAUGCACAAUGUCAAUUGCAUAUGCCCAAUAUUUAUAGGAAAUGAUGGGUACAUUGAUACAUCAGAACACGAGCCUGAUCUUAAGUUUGAUACGGCUUUACGGGUACUUCAGAUUGACAACGAACUCGUUCGUCGACAGUUGAUCAUUAACCAUGGUAUUGAGCAAAUGCUUCUAAUCGAAAAGCUAGAAGAAGCAUCUUCAGUACUCUUUGAUGGACAGAAACCUAGGAAUGUGAAGCGGUGUUACUGUAUUGACCAAAUGGACAGACGCCGGGGCAUCCAUCUAUCUUACAACCGUGCGGGGGAGCCAAGCCAGGCGCCGGUUCCUGUAUAUAGUGGCAACCCACGAAUGAAAUCGGAUCUAGCUUCCCAAAUCAGGGUUCAACGUGAUGUGGUAACGGACCUCAGACGUAAACUCAGUGAUCAGGAAGAGCAAUUCCGAUCUGCUCGGUCUCGCUUGGAGGGGUGCAGGCAGGCUCGUAUGAGGCAUGAAAAGAGUACAAAUGAGUUACGAAUCACAUUACAAAGGAAGGAAGACCAUGUGGAAGAGCUUACAGAUGCACUUGACAAAGAACCUGUGGAGGCUGACCAUCUUGAUGUGCUGCGAGCUACGCUCCAGGGGGCCAAGGAAGAGAAACUCAUCAACGAAGGGUCAUUGAAAGACAGUGUGGAGGCCAUGGAAACCAUGAUGAAGGAGCUUAAAACCAUUAAACAACAAAUCGCUUCUAAGGAUGCCGAUAUAGCUGCGUCGACGGAAGAGCUCCGUGUAACUCAAAGUGAAGUAUGCACCGGACAAGACAAACGCCGAAAGAUCAUUAACGAUAAAAACAUUGCGGUUGAACGAAUCAAUGAUAGCAGACAAGAAAAAGAGAGGAUAAAUAAGAAAAGAGAGGAAAUUGCUGCACGCGUUAUCGACUUCAGUGAGAAAGCCAGCCUAGUCUCACCGCGGGUUCCAAUUCCUGAAGGUGAGACUGCUGCUAGUUUGGACAAAAAGCUGGACAGGCUUAAUAGGGAUAUACAACGUUAUAACCAACAAUUGGGCGCAUCUCGCGAUGAGAUCGCCGCUGAAGCCGCCAAAGCAUCCACAGCUUAUGACCGCGCCCUUAAGCAAGUGGAGGAAUUCAGAUUACUUGCGGAUAUUCUCAUUGAAACACUCAAACAUCGCAAGAAACGUUGGGUGAUUUUCAGAUCUCACAUUUCAUCUCGGGCCAAGGCGCAAUUUACGUACUUACUAAGCGAGAGAAGUUUUCGUGGUCGACUUCUAACUGACCAUGAGAGCAAGCUGCUGGAUUUACAGGUCGAACCUGAUAUAACAAAGGAUAGCACUGGGCGAGGUGCAAAGACGCUUUCGGGUGGUGAAAAGUCUUUCUCCCAAGUUUGUCUUCUAUUAGCACUUUGGGAGGCUAUGGGCUCUCCUGUCCGUUGCUUGGAUGAAUUUGACGUGUAUAUGGACCACAUUAAUAGGAAGAUGGCAAUUGAUAUGCUUAUGCUAGCCGCUAGGCGGUCAGUAGGUGUGCAAUUUAUACUAAUCACACCUGGCUCAAGGGCAGAGAUUAGCUUAGCUCCUGAUGUCCGUGUGAAGGAGUGA